CAAUGAAAUUAUUUUCUUUCCGGAAAAGUUUGUUUUAUAUCAAACUUUAUUUCCGGAAAGCUUAUUCUUAUACAAUUAGCUUACUUAAAAUUCCAAAUAUUCCUACUAAAAUGAAAAACACAUCAUCUCCCAUUAUUACAAAAUCAUCACCUCCUCCUGACUGCCAAAAUAUUUUUCGGUUGCUUUCAUCGACCAACAAUGAUAUCAACUCCGUUGAGGAUAAUAAAAUUAAAUUUCAUCCUUUAAACGGUGGAAAAUUAAAUCAUAAACCAAGCAAAGGUAAAUUAAAACCUCUAUUUUUUGUUUGA